AUGGAACAAAAGGAUGGAAUACUAUUACAAGGAUAUUUAUUCGAUUACUUGGUAUCGUCGUCUGUACCAUUUAGAGAAUUCAUUAGGUUUGGUUCAACAUGUAAACAUUAUCGAAAGUUGAUGAUGCGAUCAAACAAAUGGUUACACGUCGAUGUUUCUCCACUCAACGAGUUCUUUAAAGACACUAAUCUAUUUAAUCUAACGAGACUGCUAAACCAAUAUCAUCGUCAAGAUGUUGGAACACCAUUUAUCAAUCGUCUCACUCUCAAUGGAUGUUAUCAGUUGACUGAUCGAGCAUUGUACUAUCUAUCAAAUUGUACAUUGUUUGUUCAUCUCGAACACAUUUCACUUGACAAUUGUGUUAAAAUAACUGCUAUUGAUGAUCUAUUUAGACCUUGUCCUCCAAUGCCUGAAAUAUCAACUACAACCACAUCAACAACAACCGACAAUAAUAAUAAUAUUGUAGAUGAUUUAAAUCAAUUGACCAUCACUUCUACUCCUACUACUCCACCUACACCUCAAUUAAUAUUGGAUAGAACACCUUUGAAAUCUAUAUGUCUACCAUCACUUCAUACAAGAACUAUACCAAAUAUAUUAAAGUAUUUGUCAUCGAUCACUUCACUUUCACUAAAUGGUUCAGUUGAAAGAAUUAUCUUUCUACGAUUCCUUGAAUCUACUCCAAAAUUAACUCAUCUUAAAUUAACAUCAAGAACCAAAGAUAAUAUAUUUUCAUCAACUAUAUUGGAUAAAUUAUGUGCAUUUAGAAAUCUAGAGAGAUUGGAAUUAAUAUCAAUGAUGCAUUUAACAGAUGAAGAUGUUGGAAGAAUGUCAUUCUCUUUGGUAAAUUUGACUGGUCUUGUUAUUACCAAUAAUUUACAUCUAUCAGGUUCAGUUGUUAAUUUAAUAUUAGAAAGUUGUCAAAAUCUAUUUGAAUUAAGAAUUAAAUAUUGUAGAAAUGUUGAAAGAAUUAAUGUUGAAUCAAAAUCAUUAAGAAUAUUUGAUGCAUCAUAUACGAAACCAUGUUUAGAUAUUAAAUUCCCAAAUCUAUUUGAAAUGGCAAUAGGUGGUUGGGUAAUGAAUGAUGAUGAAUACUUGCAACUAUUUUCAAAUAUAUCACCAAAACUAAUUCAUAUGGAUCUAUCUCAUACUCAAAUCACCGAUAAACAAGUUGAAAUAGUAUUACCUCUUACUAGAAAUUUACAAAGAUUAGAUUUAAAUUACACAAAUAUAACAUUGAAAUCAAUCGAAACGAUUUCAAAAUAUUGUAAACAAUUAUUUAAACUUGAUAUUACCAAUCAUGAUGGAAAUAUAACAAAAGAGAAAUGUGUACAAUUGCUUCAAAAUAUUAAAAGUUUGGAACAAUUGGUUGUUCAUGAACCAAAAGCCAGAAAUAAAUCGAUCAACAUACAUUUGAAUUGA